GCCCGGUGCAACGUCACUGAUUAGUGGGGGAGCCUCAGCCUGGUAGUGGGAGGGAGGCAGCACUCUGGCCGUGGCUGAGACGUGCAGGAGGGAGGUUCUGCCACCACCGCCCCUCACCCUCAGGGCCUGAGCUAGUGUGCCCCACCGCAACAGGUGUGUUGGUGAAGAGUGUUGUGCAGCUGGCUCUCUGGGGGUACAAGAGCUGACUACUGUGUUGUUUAUGCAGUGACACUCCGGGAAAGUAAUGCGAGACAGUGUUUACAUACAUAACUUUACCGAUGAGAAGGAAGAAAACCCCAUCACCAGCCUUGUUUUGCAGCUGAUUGAAUUGCCGUUUGGACCAACAUCAUGGCAGAAAAUGAAUCACAAGAUGCCAGCACUUUAGUCAAGGAAGGAAAUAAUGCUGAUAAUGAAGAAGACACACUGUUGGAUCAGUCAGAUUGUGCUUCAAAUGCAUCCCCUCUCAAGUCAGUUGGGUUCAAUCUUCAGACAGAUGUUGCAGAAGAAAAUGAUGAUGAAAUUGAUUUAGAAAUUGAUGAUGCACUUGAUGAAGGAUAUAUGGGAAUGGAAUGUACAUUGGAGAGAGGAUUUUCACUUAAUGAAUCUGCCAUUGCCAAGGACCUGCGUCAUGAACGGUACAGUGAUGUGGCCGUUAAGUACAUGCCAGGCACAUCUCUGCACCGCUACAAGCCUUCAUUGAAGCAUUUCAUACCUAUCAGAAAAUCAUCAACAGUAAGAGAUGAAAUGCCUGUGGAUGGAGCAGGCUUGUACAGCUUCAUCACCAUCUCAUGGAUUACAAAUAUGAUGUGGAAAGCCUACAAGACAGGACUCAAAGAUGAUGAUGUGCCUCUCUGCUCAAAGUACGACAUGUGUGAAUACAAUACUGAUAGAUUAGAAAUAUUGUGGAAUGCAGAGGUGAAGAAGAAGGGUAAAGAUGCUGCUUCUCUUCAGUAUGUGUUGUGGCAGUUUUAUAGGACAAGAUUUCUCUUUGGAAUUGUCAUAUUCUCCCUGACCAUCAUUCUAGGCUUUAUUGGGCCUAUUGCAUUCAUGCGGUUCUUCAUUAGUUGGCUCUCUUCUGAUGAACCACUUCUUGUGGGACUCUUUUGGGCUGGUGGUCUUAUCAUCUCAGAGUUUACACGUGUCACCCUCUUUUGUCUUGUGUGGUCCAUCAACUAUAGGAAUGGGAUUCGACUGAGAGCUGCCUGCCUUGGGAUGUUGUACAGAAAGUUAAUGAAAAUGUCAUCACUAGGAAAUAGGAGUGUGGGAGAGGUAAUAAAUCUAUUUGCCAAUGAUGCCCAACGUAUAUUUGAUUUUGUAGUCAUUGGUCCCAUGAUCAUUGGAGGACCUCUGGUUGCAGUAGGAGGUGUGAUCUACAUAUUGUGGCUUUUAGGACCUUGGGCCUUGUUUGGCAUGGUUGCUUUCCUUCUUUUUUAUCCUUUCCAAUAUUGCCUCUCCCGCCUCACUGGAUAUUUGAGGCGCAAGACAAUAACUGUCACGGAUGAAAGGGUUCGCAUGAUGAAUGAACUUCUUAACUGUGUGAAGCUAAUAAAGAUGUAUGCAUGGGAAAAGAGUUUUGCCUCAACUGUUUCAGGAAUACGAAGUCGUGAGAGACAGUUGCUGGAAAAGUCAGCUUAUGUUCAGAGUCUCAGCCUUGCCAUGGCUCCCACUGUUCCUAUCAUUGCUGCCAUUGUCACAUUUUUGGCUCAUAUUGGUGCUGGAUAUGAUCUCACUCCUGCUCAGGGUAUGACAGUGAUUGCCUAUUUCUUGGGACAAGCACGGUCAUCUUUCAAUAUGCUGAGGUUUUCAGUUAGAGCCAUUGUUGAGGGGAAUGAUUCCUUUGACAGAAUCAAGAGAAUGUUAAUGAUGGAAGAAUUAAGUCCUUAUCGUGGAAAUCCUAAAGAUUCAGGGGUUGCCAUAGCAUUCCAAGAUGCAACACUUGCUUGGGAUGCUGUUUCUUUACCAAAGGAAAAGAGAAACACUGAUAGCAUCAAGAAGAAGGAAUCCAGUAAAAAAAUGACAUCCCAAGCAGACCAGUUACUGUCUCAAGAGGUGCAGCUCCACCGUGUUGAAGUUUUGUUUGGACUGAAUUUCACGAUAAAAAAGGGUGAACUGGUUGGUGUAUGUGGAGGGGUGGGUGCUGGAAAAUCUUCCCUGAUAAGCUCUGCAUUGGGCCAUAUGAGGCUCCAAAAAGGUUGUGUUGACUUACAAGGUACCUGUGCCUAUGUAGGACAGCAAGCGUGGAUACUCAAUGCAACCCUGAGGGACAACAUUCUCCUUGAUGAAUCAUUUGAUGCCAAAAGAUAUUAUAGAGUUAUUCAUGCCUGUAGUCUUUCACAAGAUAUUGAAACAAUGCCAGCUGGAGACAUGACUGAAAUAGGAGAACGUGGCAUAAAUCUUUCUGGAGGGCAGAAGCAGCGGGUUUCACUUGCCAGAGCAAUAUAUGCAGACAGAGAUGUCUACCUGCUUGAUGACCCUCUGAGUGCUGUUGAUGCUCAUGUGGGCAGCCAUCUCUUCCAGUGGGUUAUUAAAAGAGCUCUUCAAGGCAAAACCACAAUUUUUGUAACACAUCAACUUCAGUACCUGCCUCAGUGUGAUCGUGUUCUGCUUAUACAAGAUGGACGUGUUGCUGGGUUUGAUUUACAUGCCAAGCUUCUGGAAGACAGUUCAGAAUAUGCUACUUUGUACAACUCACAUAUGGAUAGUGUGGAAAAGGAAGAAUAUGAAAGAGAUGAACUCUCUCCUCCAGCUGUACGCAGGCGUCAGGAUUCAACCAUGUCAACUGGGAGUGAAAGAAACAGUAUUCCUGAUAAACUCAUGGAUGAUAUAAUGCAAGAAAGUUUAGCUGAAGGAAAAGGUAUAGGACAACUAAUUUCUGAAGAGAAACAGGACAAAGGAGAUAUACCUUGGUCUACUUACCAUUCUUACAUUAUUGCAUGUGGUGGCUAUGUGAUCUGCACACUGGUGAUCUCUACAUUUCUUCUGAAUGUUGGAUCUACAGCAUUCAGUUCAUGGUGGUUGUCUAUGUGGUUGUCAGCUGGAAGUGGGAAUACCAGUGUGAUUGUAGGAAAUGAGACCAUGAUCAGUGACAGUAUAGCUGAUAAUCCUGACCGUCAUUACUACCAGAUCGUGUAUGGAAGCUUCAUUUUGGUUAUCCUUGCUACCUCACUUAUCAGAGGAUUUUCCUUCAUGAAGACUACCUUAAGGGCUUCCAGCCAGAUGCAUGAUCAAGUUUUUAUGAAGGUAUUUCACAGCCCCAUGAGCUUUUUUGACACAACUCCUUCAGGGAGAAUAAUUAAUAUCUUCUCUCGAGAUAUGGAUGAAGUUGAUGUUCGAGUUCCUAUGACACUGGAGAUGUUCAUCCAAAACAUAUUCCUCAUAGCCAGUGCCUUGCUCUUCGUGUGCCUGGUUUUUCCAUACUUUUUGCCAAUCUUAGCUGUACUGGCAAUCAUUAUGAUGUUCAUCAGAAAUGUUUUCAGGGUUGGAAUCCGGGAUUUCAAAAGAUUAGAAAAUAUAUCAAGAUCACCAUUGUACAGUCACAUAAGUACAACGGUUAAUGGACUGGCCACCAUUAAUGCAUAUGAUAAACAACCCCUGUUCUUCAAGAAGUUUUCAGUCUUCUUUGAUGAAAACAGUUGUGCCAUUUACCUCUUCAACUGUGCAAUGCGAUGGUUGGCAGUGAGACUGGAUUUGCUGGCAUUAUGUGUGACUUCUAGCACAGCAAUGCUAGCAUUGUUUCUUCGAGGAUUAGUGGAUCCUUCAUUUGCAGGCCUGGCCUUGGCAUAUGCAACACAGCUCAGUGGUAUUUUUCAAUAUACUGUAAGACUCAGCACUGAAACUGAGGCAAGAUUCACAUCAGUCCAACGACUCGACAAUUGUUCAAAGGUCCUAGUGUCUGAAGCACCGUCCAUCAUAGAGUCCAAGCGGCCAGAUCCCCUUUGGCCUAAAUAUGGACGCAUUAGCUUUAAGAAAGUGCAGAUGAAGUACCGACCAGAAACACCUCUUGUUCUAAAGAGCAUCUCAUUUCACAUUGACUCCAUGGAGAAAAUUGGUGUAGUUGGCAGGACAGGCUCUGGUAAAUCCUCCUUGGGAACAGCUCUCUUCAGGCUGGUUGAACUAACAGCAGGCUCCAUCCGAAUUGAUGGCAUUGACAUAUCAACAGUAGGACUUGAGGAUCUUCGUUCUCGACUCUCUAUCAUUCCUCAGGACCCAGUACUUUUCAUUGGAACAGUCAGAUAUAACUUAGAUCCAUUUGAGAGGCAUUCAGAUGAGGAAAUAUGGUCAGCAUUGGAGCAGACGUACAUGAAGGACCGGAUCAGCUGCCUUAACUUAGGAUUAUCUUCCUGUGUUGUGGAAAAUGGGGAAAACUUUUCGGUUGGAGAGCGCCAAUUGCUUUGCAUGGCUCGAGUACUUCUGAGAAAUUCCAAGAUAUUGUUUCUUGAUGAAGCUACUGCUGCAAUAGAUGCAGAAACUGAUAUCAAGAUUCAGAAGACUCUGAAGAAUGCAUUUAAAUCAUGCACCAUGAUCACAAUUGCACAUAGACUCAAUACAGUGAUGUUGUGUUCACGGGUGAUGGUGUUGGAUGAUGGAAAGGUGAUGGAGUUUGAUACACCUAGAACACUUCUUGCAAAUAAUUCUUCUAUGUUUUCAAAGAUGGUUGCUAAGUCUAAAGCAUCCUUUAUUUCGUAGACCAUCAUUUUUAUUUUUCCAUGACAGCUUUUAUCACUAUUUACUUGAUGCAUUGCCUGUGAACUUACUAUCAAAAGAUAUAUAUAUAUAUAUAUAUAUUUUUUUUUUCAUACCAUGUGGGCUUUUCACAGGAAUUUAUGGGCUAAAGGGGAUACUUAUUAAGGGUACCUCCUAUUUCAAAGCCCACCCGCUAGGAAACCGUUGCCCUGAGUGAGGAAGCCCAACCUACACUCAGACCGUAGACAGGAUUUGAACCCGUACGCUUGGAGACCCCUCAGAUCCCAAAGCAUGCACGGAUCCACUGUACCACAGCGGCCAUAUGCACUCAUUGGAGAUGAACUUUGAUAAUUCUCAUAACAGAUACUCCUUAUACUUUACAAAACUUUAAAAGUUGCAUUUAGCUUUAGCUAAGUAACGUAAAAAAAAAAAAAUAUCCUGGGAAUGAUAUCCAUUGAAAUAAUAAACCUUUAAACAAUGUGUUUAUGAAGAAGGGAACAGAUUCCUUUAUAUAAAAUGUUUCUAAACUAUUUGAAUGAAUGUCCACUCUUUGCAAGAAUCAUCUGACAGUUAGAAGUGCAAGACCAGCACUAAGGCAACUUGAGCUCACAAUCUGUUUAGGCUCAUCAUUUUUGUUUAAUAACUAUACUUUUGUUAUUGGUGCUCACUUUUUAUUUAAGGCAUGUCUCACAAUAGAUACUAGAGAUAAGAAAGUUGAGAAAAGGGAGUAGUUCCAGAUUCUUUAUGUCAUACACUAACUGGAAUUACUGAAAAAAUGGAAUCAGAAGUGAUAGUGGCCAAAUUUUGUGAGGGAUGUGGGAUCAAGAAAUAAACAAAGGGAGAAGAAAGUUGAAAAAAAAUAUGCUGCUAUUUAUUAUAAAGAUGUGCAUUACAAGUACAUGGAAAUGGAGACAGAAACCACUUCUUUACAAGUCACUAUUUAUUUUGUUUUUCUUAGUGUUCCCUGUUGAUUAUUUAUUGCCACAUAGUAAAGAAAGUGUUACAAACAGUAAAAGUUAUUUUCUCAAUGUAUAUUUGCAAAUGAUGGACAUUUGCAAAGAACAGAACAUGGAAUCUACAUUAAUCUGUUGUUUUAAGGGCUGAGUGUUGUAUGAUUAAGUACUACUCUCAUUUACAUCUUCAAAUGGCCAUAUCUAUUAGUGAGUUGACUUGUUUUUAUUGUAUAUUGUAUUCUGAUAAUUUCAUCUCAUGUACCAAAAGCUAGAUGUAGUAUUUACAAGAUACAUGAUAACAGUUACCUAGUCACUUCAUGAAUUGAAAUUGCCUCAAACUGAAAUAAGAAAAACUGGACACUAGUACAAAGAAGGGAUUGGUGGUCCAGUUAUUGACCAGGUAGCAGAGGCCCAUUACUCAUAUAUUGCAACAAUACUCUUGAGCUUCUAUUAUGCUGUUAAGAGAAUACUUGGACAAAAAUAAUUUAGAACCCUUUUGUAGAUAUGUUAACAGCUGUAUUGUAUAGACUAUCUUCUUGUCUGGGUUUCUUUGGGAGGUUUAUCUUUAUUGGUUUCACUUGAGUCCAAUCUGUAAUAUGUUUGGACAAUUCUAUGGUCUGGAGUGGACAAUAGAGGAAUUUGCAGCAGUCCAAUUUUGAUAACUGGAAUAGAAACUACUGGUUUAAGUUUUGAGACAAGUAAUGAUUUAGGUAGCAUAAUUACAGCAUGAUUUCUUGGGAUAUAUAUACAUAUAUAUAUAUAUAUAUAUAUAUAUAUAUAUAUAUAUAUAUAUAUAUAUAUAUAUAUAUAUAUAUAUAUAUAUAUAUAUAUAUACGAGGGGGGAGUAAAAAAUUAUAUGCACUCUUGGUUUUUUAAUGUAUUUACACAAAACCAGGGGAUAAGCAAGUACAUCAUUUUUCUAUAUAGUCUCCUUGUUUUUCGAUGCACUUGGUCCAGCGGUCCACAAGCUUGCGUAUUCCCUCCGAGAAGAAGGUUUGGGGUUGGUCAUGCAACCAUUUAUGCACCGCUUCUUUCACAUCUUCAUCCCGUAGGAAAUUGCCGACCUCGUAAACCAUCUUUGAGCAGUCCAAAGAUAUGGUAGUCGGAAGGGGCGAGAUCUGGGCUGUAGGCAGGGUGUUCAAGCACCUCAAAACCCAAUUGGUUAAUGGGCGGCCGUGUGUGGGCGUGCAUUGUCAUGCAACAACAAAACUUUCUUCGACAAUAGGCUUCGGCGUUUGGUGCGAAUUGCUGGCUUCAGUUUGUUGGCCAGCAAAGCACUGUACCUUGCACUGUUGAUCGUGCACCCCUUUUCCAGGUAGUCUUCCAGUAUAGGUCCUUU